AUGCUCAUUCAGUUGCAAGGAACCGGUGGUCUGAAGGAACGCUAUCCUUCUCCUGUUGUUGGCUUGAAGCGUCUAGAGCCACAGUCUGGACAUGAGAGGCUCGGUAACGAUCCAGUGGAGCACACUCCAACAUCGGCCGACGUACAUCUGUACGCAGACCCAAUGAGCACCGAUUCUCGAACACCUCUACUGUACGCAGACUGUGAGGGCUUAGAAGGCGGAGAGAAUCCGCCGAUCGGUGCCCAUGAGAAUCCCUCGUCAAAACCUGGAAAGAAAGAGGACGACGCGUCAGAAACAUUCUGGAACUCAUACAAUGCUACUACUCCACAUUUCAAGUUAUACGCAUACCACGCGGAGGUCGAUAUCGGCUAUUGCACGAUCAGGUCGAUCGACUUCACCAAGUAA